AUGAGGUCCUUCGAUUUCAGCGCUUCGGCGCUCACUCUUCUCGCCCUGGCAUCGUCUGCUUCGGCAUUCUGGCGCAUGCCCUGCCCUGGUCGUAUCGCUACUGAGCGUCUCGACCCUAUCGUUGCCCCUGGCGGCGUUUCUGGUCACGUUCACACCAUUUCCGGUUCAAACGGUUUCAAGGCCGAGAUGACAUAUGCUGAUGCCCGUGGAGGUGCAUGCUCUUCAUGCCCUAUCAAGCAAGACAUGUCCAACUACUGGACACCCAAGCUCUACUACCAGUCCGAGAACGGCACAUUCAUCGAUGUCCCUCAAGCUGGUGAUGGCCAAGGCGUCUUCGGUGGCAUGACUGUUUACUACCUGCAGAGAGGUGGUCCCAACAACGACAACCUCACCGCCUUCCCUGAGGGCUUCCGUAUGCUUGCUGGUGAUCCUUUCAAGCGUGCGGCGACCAGCGACUUCGCCGGCCAGGCUGUCAGCUUUGUCUGCCUCGAUUACAGCGGUACUUCUUCUUACUCCAGCGGUCUUCCUAACAAGGUCUGCCCUGAUGGCCUGCGUGCCCAAGUCUUCUUCCCUUCUUGCUGGGAUGGCAAGAACCUCGACUCUGCCGACCACAAGUCUCACAUGGCCUACCCUACCAAGUACUCUUACGACAACGGCCCUUGCCCUGCUGACCACCCUGUUCACAUGAUAUCCAUCUUCUACGAGAUCAUCUACUCUACUGCUGGCUUCGAUUGGUGGAAUGGCACUACCCAGCCUUUCGUCUUCGCCCAAGGUGAUCCCACCGGCUACGGAUUCCACGGUGACUUCAUCAACGGUUGGGAUGUCCCCACUCUGCAGAAGGCCACCGACACCUGCAACAACGACUCUGGUCUCAUCACUGAUUGCCCCGUGUUCGACUUCUUCACCAACGCCGAAUCUCAGGCCUGUGUCAUUGCUCCUACCAUUGACGAAGCCGUCACCGGAGAGUUGGACAAGCUUCCUGGUUGCAACCCCGUCAGCUAUGGUCCUGGCAGAGCUCCUUACUCAGAGGCCGGCUGCACUGAUACUGCCACUCUUGGUUACUCUCCCGUCUACUACCAAAAUGUCACUGGCUGGGACUACGUCGGUUGUGCUCCUGACUCUGUCAGCAGCCGUACCCUCCCCAACUCGACCUACAUGUCCAGCGAUAUGACUGUUGAGAAGUGCAUGUCGUACUGCAAGAACAAGGGUUUCAAUUACGCCGGUCUUGAGUACGCCACUCAAUGUUACUGCGGCUCCAAUCUUCCCACUGCUCUCGAGCCCACCAAGGGUGUUCUCGGAAACUGCUUCUCACCUUGCGCUGGUAACUCAUCGCAGUACUGUGGUGGUUCUAACCGUCUGAGCAUCUACUAUACCUCCGCCAACUUGGCAGAGUCGACCAUCUCCUGCCCCACCGGUAACGGCCAAAACUACACUACUCCCAACAACGCUACUUUCAACGUCAACUGCGCUGGUGACUCCAACGGCAAGGAUCUCACGAUGGUCUAUGUCAACAACGGCAUUCAAGAGUGUAUCAAGACUUGCAGUACUACUGCUGGUUGCGUUGCAGCCUCUCUCUCCGGAGCUGCCUGUUACAUGAAGAGCACUGUCGGUACUAUGAGAACUUCUUCUGGUGUCCAGCACGCCCAGCUCAUGUCCUCUGCCGCUGGCUCUGCCUCCUCCUCUUCUUCUUCUGUCGCAGCAUCUUCCACCAAGGCUUCGUCGACCAGCUCUUCUGCCUCGUCGACCAGCUCUCUUCCCAGCUCAGCCACCAACUCUGCCGGCUCUGUGUACAACCUUUACUACUCUUCCGACUCUGGUCAAGGAUCGUUCACCAACACGCAAGCUAGCAGCUCUUACACUGACUGCAUGAGCGCCUGCGAUGCCAACACCAAGUGUACUGCCUUCACCUAUGUCGGUGGCAAGAACGGCGCUGGCUCAGGUCAGUCAUCCUUACUUCACAUUUCUAUGGGCAACGCCGUCUCAUCCAACAACAAUGUUCUUACUGGCUCUCGCGUCAGCCUCGGUAGCAAGGCUGCCGUCUCAUCUUCUGCUUCUUCAUCCUCGUCUUCUGCCAUCUCUUCUGCCUCUGGCUUCGUUUCUGCUUCUGGCUCCAGCGCAAAAGCUGCUUCGUCCACCACUUCCUCGAGCGCCACUUCGACUGCCACCAGCACUGUCGCUGCCUGCCCCAACUCAGACAACACCAUCUACACUGAUAAGACUUCUGGUGCUCAAUUCCUCAUUGAGUGCGGUGUCGACCAUGCUGGUGGUGACUUGAAGAUGGUUUACGUCAACGACUUUGCUAGCUGCAUCCAGACCUGUGCUCAGACAACUGGCUGUGUCGACGUUUCCCUCUCGGGAACUGCCUGUUACAUGAAGAAGUCUGUCGGCUCUGUUGUCAAGUCCAGCGGUAUCAAGGGCGCGAAGCUUCUUUCCUCAGGCACUCCUUCUGCCAACGUCAACGUUGCAAACAAGGCCGCUUCCACUUCAGUCAAGUCGUCUUCCACCACCCAGAAGCCUACUUCUACCUUGAAGACUUCUACCAAGGCUACUUCCACCUCUACCCGCAAGGCUUAA